AUGAGCCCGCCGACUUUUCGUUCGCUGGUCUGCUCUCGGGCCAGGCCAGAGCUUCUCAAGACGGGGCAGGCGCUCAGCAACUACUUUCGCGAGUUUUCCACGACGCAAUCGCUCGCCGACGAUGCCAUCACCCCCAGCCGCAACAACGACAGCGACGGCCGCGGACGAGGGAACGCCCGCCAGCGCGGCCGUGCAGCGGCGUCGGCCAUAAACACCAUGGUCAAGAACAAUAACCGCGGGCCGUCACCCAACGCACCCCGACCCACCGGUGGCAAUGCUCCUGCCGCUGCCGGCGGCGCUGGAGCCCCCAAGGUGCUCGAUGUCCGCAGCCUGCCCAGGGGCCUGGGUCGUGGUCGAGGCGGCUUCCGCGGCCGUGGCAACUCCGAGGGCCGUGGUGGCUUUCAAGGUCGUGGUGGCUUCCAAGGUCGCGGUGGCUUUCAGGGCCGUGGCGGCUCUGCUGCUGCCGAAGGCGGCUCUAACCGGUUCACGCAGGGAGGCGCCGGCCGGGGCAACGGACGCGGCGGACGUGGACGCGGUGGUGCCAACGCUCGCGGCGGCAGAGGCGGUCGCGGCAGAGGAGGUCGCGAUCAAGACGGCCGUCCGCCUCGCAGGCGCGAAGACGCAAUCGAUCCCUUUGCGAAGAUGGACGAGGCCGAGACGGCGUUUGACGCGGCGAUGCGGUUCCGCCAGCCCGGCCGCUACAACCCGGUGCUAGACGUUGAGGACAUCCUCGAGCACGCGCCCGCCGUGCCCACCAGCGCGCCCGGCCGCCGCGCCGCGGUCAUGGAGAGCCUGCAGGCCAUGGGCGGCGGCACCGGCGACCUGAUUGGCAAGUCCACCGGCUACCUGCCCGCGUCCGUCGAGGGCCGCGUGCAGCAGGACGGCUUCGCCUUUUUCGCGACGCCUGAGUCGAGAGGCUGGGCCGAGGAGCAGAUUCAGACGACCAAGAAGCACGCAGCAACGGCGGCGGCGGCCGAGGGUGGUGCUGCAGCCAAGGCGGAUGAGACAACCAUCUUCUCAUCCGCCAGCGACGUCGUGCAAAGGGCAGUCCUCGGCAAGGCCGUGGCGGGGGAGCACGAGCCGCCGCGGUUCGCAACGGAUGUGCAUGGCGUCGUGCGCUCGCAGCACCUGCGCGCGGGCACGUACGGCCCCGGCGCCAUGGCCAUGUUUGAGAAGAAGCUGCAGAGCCUCGUGGGAGCUCCGAAGCCUGCCCCCGCUGCGGCGGCGAAGCCUGCGGCAAAGGCUGCGAAGCCGAUCAAGGAGACGAACAAGGCCAAGGAAGAAAAGGCGUGA